AUGAGAGAAGAACUUGUUCAGGAUGAAGAAGAAGAUGAAAACAUGCAAGAUAAUGCAGCAACAGGGGAUGUUAAGUUAUCAAAUAUGGCUAAGUUGCAGGAUAAUCAAGAAUACUUUUAUAGAUUUAUCAUCGAGCCAUACCAGAACCUGCAGGCAACUGUGUUUGCCAUAACCGAGGUGAAUCAAAAUCCUCACAUUUUACCAAACUUUACCUUAGGAUUUAAAAUGUUUGACUCAUGCUUGUCAGAAGUUAAAGCACUUGGUGGAGUUUUCUGGAUGUUGACUGGAGCAGAAAAGGAAGUUCCUAAUUACAGAUGUCAGAAAUCUCAAUCCCAGUUAUCUGGAUUCAUUGGAGAUUACCAGUCAAACACUGCAGUUCCCAUGGCUAGAGUUUUGGGUCUGUAUAGAUAUCCCCAGAUUAGUCAUGGUUCAACAAUUGAAAUGCUGAGUGACAAACGUCAGUUUCCAUCAUAUAUGCGGACAGUUCCAAAUGAUAAAUUUCAGUACCCAGUCCUGACUCGCUUGAUAAAACAUUUUGGUUGGAACUGGAUAGGUAUUAUAGCCUCUGAUAAUGAAUAUGGUGUUUUAGGAAGUCAAAAUCUGAAGAAAACCCUUGCUAAUUCUGGAGUGUGUGUUGAUUAUUUGAAAAUUCUUCCACUGAGCAGCUUGAAGGCACAAAGAUUGCAGAUAAUUGAGAUAAUUAAAAAGUCAACUGUGUCAGUAAUUGUCAUCUAUUCCACCAGAAUGGAGAUAAUGCCCCUGAUGGAAGAAAUUGCUGAGCAAAAUGUUACAGACAAGAACUGGAUGGCCACUACUAGCUGGAUAGUCUCACCAGUUUUUUCAAACAAGCAGUCAUGGAGAACUCUUAAUGGCACAUUUGGCCUUGCAAUACGUAGGGGAAAGAUUCCGGGGUUAAGUGAAUUUAUCCAUUCCCUUCACCCUUCAUCAUCUCCAGAUGAUAUUUUUGUUAGAUCAUUUUGGGAAUAUGCAUUUGGAUGUUAUUGGCCAACUGAUAAUAAUACUUUAAAGCUGCAAGAUGUGAAUGCAACUUACAUGCUUUGUACAGGUGAAGAAAAGAUGGACAACUAUGACCUAACAAAGUUCAAUCUGUAUGAUUUUAGAUAUGGUUACAAUAGCUAUAAAGCAGCCUAUGCAAUUGCACAUGGCUUAAAUGACAUGCUAUUGUGCAAUUCUAGCAGUGGCCCAUUCGUUAAUAAAUCAUGUGCUAACAUCAGAGAUUUUAAACCAUGGCAGCUCCUCCAUUAUGUUAAAAAUGUGUUUUUCAAGACGAGUGAUGGGGAUGAGGUACUGUUCGAUAUAAAUGGUGACCCACCUGCAAUCUAUGACAUUCUGAACUGGCAGGCAUCACCUGAUGGAAAUACAUCAAAGUAUGUGCACAUUGGACAUUAUGAUUCCCAUGCACCAUCUGGACAAGACAUCUUCAUUAACGAGAGCUUGAAUUUGUGGCAAGGAGGAAGCUCAAAGGUCCCACGAUCAGUCUGCAGUGAAUCCUGUAAUCCUGGAACAAGGAAAGCUGUUCGGAGGGGAGAGCCAAUAUGCUGCUUUGAUUGUAUCCCAUGUUCUAAAGGGGAGAUUAGCAAUCAAACUGAUGCAAGUAACUGUUUUAGAUGCCCAGAUAUGCAGUGGCCAAAUGAAAUACAGGACAUGUGCAUACAGAAAUUGCUCGAUUUUCUCUCUUAUGAAGAAGCUUUGGGUGCUGGACUGACAGGAUCUGCGGUAGCUCUUUCCAUAAUUACUGCAUCCACCUUCUGUACCUUUGUUAAGCACCGAGACACUCCAAUUGUGAAAGCCAACAACCGAGAACUCAGCUAUCUUAUCCUUGUUUUUCUAUUUCUUUGCUUUCUCUGUCCCUUAGUAUUUAUUGGCAAACCCACAGAACCUAACUGUCUGCUUCGUCAAACUGGUUUUGGUAUGCUGUUCUCUUUGUGUGUUUCUGGGAUUCUGGCUAAAACCAUUAUAGUUGUUAUUGCUUUUAAAGCAACAAAUCCUUAUAGCAAUUUAAGGAAAUAUGUAGGAUACAGAACACCCUGCUAUAUUGUUUCCAUUGGCACAUUGAUACAAGUUACUAUAUGCAUUAUAUGGUUGACAAUAUCUCCUCCAUUUCCUGACAUGAAUAUGAAACUUGAAGAAGGAAAAAUUAUACUACAGUGUAAAGAAGGGUCAGAGAUCAUGUUUUAUUGCAUGCUGGGAUAUCUUGGCCUUCUAGCCAGUGUUUGUUUUGUUGUUGCAUUUCUGGCAAGGGCAUUGCCAGACAGUUUUAACGAAACUAAAUUUAUCAGUUUUAGUAUGAUUGUGUUUGUGAGUGUCUGGUUAUCUUUCAUCCCAGCAUACAUCAGCACAACUGGAAAGUAUAUGGUAGCUGUAGAGAUAUUUGCCAUCAUGGCUUCUGGUGCUGGAAUACUAAUUUGCAUAUUUUUUCCUAAGUGUUAUAUUAUUCUAAUGAGACCAGACUUAAAUACUAGAGGACAACUGCUGGGAAGUACUAAUGUCUCCAAGAAAAAGUAG